AGUUUAUUUUGUUAUAUAUAUUCCUUUAUUCGAGUUAUUUAUUAGUAAGUUAAUAAGCUUCCGCAGCACACUACGGCUGUAAUAAAGGCCGUUACUAUAGAAACCUAACGCGUUCGAACGAGUGGAUUAAUAUAAACCUGUCGUCCAUGCUGUAGCCGGAACUACUUUUCGAGUCAUGCUGUUGUGUGAAAAUAAAGCACUUUCACUUCUGAGAAGAUUUUACACUUUUAACUUAAUCCUUCCUUCUUAUUUUUUUUGGGCUUAUACACUUAUUUAUUUGUAUCCUCAUUUAUUCCCUUUAUAUUGUCCUGGUGUGUAUCAGAUACACUGUAGGUUGUUGACUAACAGGCCCACCAGGUCAUCAUCCUGGUCUGUUACUGACCGGUGCCUUUCACAGCCACAGUGUGUGUGUUAGAGGAGAGGAAACACAUGGCUCUCUGUCGGCUCUAGAACCCGAGAUUAUUGCUCUACUCUGAGAACACUGCCCCAAUUGUCCCAGGAAGUGACCUCAUUCAACUGGGAAUCUAGUACCAAAUUCACACAACCGAUUAAAACCAGGAGAGGAAUUCCAGACCGGCUCGUGACCCUGCUGGCAGCGAUCCUGACACACACGCACACACACGCACACACACAGACACAUACGCACACACACGCAACACCCUUCCUGCUGAUACUUCACAUCCAACUCCUGAAAAACAAAAUAAAGCUGCAAAAAGUUGAUAAUGUUGAGAAACAGGACAGAAACAAGAAGCAGAGAUCAGUUGAGAGGCUGUGACACUAGUGUUAGCACACACACACACACACACACUUGAAUAGUUGAGUUCUGUAACUGUGUGUGAAUAACGCUAAACCUAUCCAGGUCGUGUUUGCUGGAUUGGAGUUGUGAUGUCAUGAUGUGUCUGGUUUGUGAUUGGCUGAUCAAGCGUAACGUUCCUUAGUGCCUAUUAUGAUGAGAGCUAAAUUAUGAAGAGUGUUAAUUUAUUGUGUAAUUUAAUUACAAUAAUGAUAAAAUAUUACAUUUUAAGCACAGAUAUCUUUCACCCAAGAAAAAAAAGAAGGUGAAAAGUUUGGGGGAAGUUUGUUUGGUGUUUUUAUGUGAGAAGAGUACCAUCUGAUAUUAAAUGUGAGACAGAAAGCAGGACAGAGACUCAGUCAGUCAGUAAUCAGGGAUUAGCACUAAUCUCUGUGUGUGUGUGUGUGUGUGUGUGUGUGUGCAUGCGCAGUGCUGCUCUGAGACACAUUCUCACACUCUCACAGUGAGUGUUAAAUGCAGAGCAGGAGGAAGGUGAAGAUGGAGUUCAGCGGUGUUCAGCCGGACCUCAGAUUGUUCCACAUACUAUAGCCUUCACGUUUCAGCGUUGCCAUGGCGACGACCUAAUUGCGGGUUGGUGGGUGGGUGGAAGGGAAUUAGUGAGUUUCCUUCCUUGGUGUGAGGUUUGGUUUGGAACGCAGCUGGGACGAGACUCGGGACGUUUCUGCAUGGUUCCUCAGAAGACCGGGGGUCAGUCCUCAUCACACAUCACACCCAGGUCUGGACUGAACACUAACCGGACAAAAACCACACGAGUGAGCAGAGAGAGUGAAGAUGAGUGUAGAUCCUGAGGCUCCGUCUCUUCACACCGUCUCACUGGAGAUGAGAGAAAAUAUGUUACACACACACACACACACAAACACACUCACACACACACACACACACCACGAAAGCACUUUAUAUGAGAUACAUCAGUCAAUUUAUGUGGAAUUGUGUGUGUGUGUGUGUGUGAGCUCUAGCAUGUCCCACAGGGAGCUGAUUGAGUUGCAGGACCUCUCCCCUGGAGACAGGAUCGAGUUAGCUCCCUCUCACAGACCCGCGGGCCCCCAGAAACCUCCAGAGCGUCGAAGCCCCCAUCACAUGGUGCGUCUGGUCGGAGACACGGUCCGGUUCGACGUCUCGUUCUGGGAGCCUUUCAGACGGGGGGAGGGUCAUGAUUUCCAGGUCUGCGGUCACUCACACCUGGCCUGGUGUGACCUGUGUGGAGAGUUCAUAUGGGGUGUGUACAGACGGAGCCUGCGCUGUGUCAACUGCAGGUACACGUGUCACCCUCGCUGUCGGCCCCUGAUACAGCUGGAUUGUGAAGCGGUACUCGGACAGUCAGACUGCAGCAAGGACUUCGAAACAGAUACAGACGUGGACACUGAGGUGGACUGGAGGAAACAGCAGCAGCUCUCCGUCACUGAACUCCAACACAAAGUAAAAGAAUACAACGCUCAGAUCAACAGCAACCUCUACAUGAGUCUGAACCGGGACGGCUCGUAUACAGGUUUCAUUAAGGUCCAGUUCCAGCUGGCUCGACCCGUCUCUCUUCCUCCAGCUCAGAGACUGUCAUCAGCUUUGUGUUCUUCCUCUUCCUCUUCCUUUUUCUGCUCCUCCUUUUCCUCCUUGCCCUCGCACGGCCUCUGCACAUCGUUCUAUCUGCCCCGGGACACGGCAAAGCAGCUGCAUGUGGGCUCGUCCACUCGGGUCCGAGAGGUGAUCGAGGCUCUGCUCAACAAAUUCACAGUGGUGGACAAUCCGGCCAAAUUCGCUCUGUUUGAGCGCAGCGAGAGGAACGGCCAGGUCUACAUGAGGAAGUUGUGUGAUGAUGAGCGUCCACUCUUCCUGCGUCUGUGUGCAGGCCCGAGUGAGAACACGCUCAGCUUCAUACUCAGAGAGAACGAGUCAGGAGAAGUGAACUGGGAUGCGUUCAGUCUUCCUGAGCUCAGUAACUUCCUGCGGAUCCUGCAGCGGGAGGAGGAGGAGCAUGUCCGGCAGAUCCUACAGCGCUACUCAGUGGCACGGGACAAACUGAAGGAGGCGCUGAGGAGCUUCAGCUCACCGGGAUGAAAGGAGUGUGACGGAGUGAAGCUGGACAUAACUCACACUUCUCUGAGAACACACACAACACACACACACACACUCGUGAGAACUCACACACAAAUACACACACACUGCUGAGAACACACACACUGGUGAGAACUCACACACAAAUACACACACACACACUGCUGAGAACACACACAAACUGCUGAGAACGUGCAAACACACACACACACACACACACACUGCUGAGAACAUACACACACACUGCUGUCUGAGCCAUCACUGUGAGAAAAACAAAGAGCUGCUGCAGGGUCUCACUCACACACACACACAUACACACACACACACACACACAGAGCACUGAGGAGGGGAAAAGCUUUAUGAGAUAUAUUGUCAGAGCCGAAUCCUAACAUCGCUUCUCACUGGACAGAGACACGUGUUACACGGAGUGAGAUGAUAAAGGCGACACUUCUCACUGGACAGAGACACGUGUUACACGGAGUGAGAUGAUAAAGGCGACACUUCUCACUGGACAGAGACACGUGUUACACGGAGUGAGAUGAUAAAGGCGACACUUCUCACUGGACAGAGACACGUGUUACACACAGUGUGAUGAUAAAGCUGACACUUCUCACUGGACAGAGACACGUGUUACACGGAGUGAGAUGAUAAAGGCGACACUUCUCACUGGACAGAGACACGUGUUACACACAGUGUGAUGAUAAAGGCGACACUUCUCACUGGACAGAGACACGUGUUACACAGAGUGUGAUGAUAAAGGCGACACUUCUCACUGGACAGAGACACGUGUUACACAGAGUGUGAUGAUAAAGCUGACACUUCUCACUGGACAGAGACACGUGUUACACAGAGUGUGAUGAUAAAGCUGACACUUCUCACUGGACAGAGACACGUGUUACACGGAGUGUAAUGAUAAAGCUGACACUUCUCACUGGACAGAGUCACGUGUUACACGGAGUGUAAUGAUAAAGGCGACACUUCUCACUGGACAGAGACACGUGUUACACAGAGUGAGAUGAUAAAGGCGACACUUCUCACUGGACAGAGACACGUGUUACACGGAGUGAGAUGAUAAAGGCGACACUUCUCACUGGACAGAGACACGUGUUACACAGAGUGUGAUGAUAAAGCUGACACUUCUCACUGGACAGAGACACGUGUUACACAGUGUGAGAUGAUAAAGCUGACACUUCUCACUGGACAGAGACACGUGUUACACAGAGUGUGAUGAUAAAGGCGACACUUCUCACUGGACAGAGACACGAGUUACACAGAGUGUGAUGAUAAAGCUGACACUUCUCACUGGACAGAGACACGUGUUACACAGAGUGUGAUGAUAAAGCUGACACUUCUCACUGGACAGAGACACGUGUUACACAGAGUGUGAUGAUAAAGCUGACACUUCUCACUGGACAGAGACACGUGUUACACAGAGUGUGAUGAUAAAGGCGACACUUCUCACUGGACAGAGACACGUGUUACACGGAGUGAGAUGAUAAAGGCGACACUUCUCACUGGACAGAGACACGUGUUACACGGAGUGUGAUGAUAAAGGCGACACUUCUCACUGGACAGAGACACGUGUUACACAGAGUGUGAUGAUAAAGCUGACACUUCUCACCGGACAGAGACACGUGUUACACAGAGUGUAAUGAUAAAGCUGACACUUCUCACUGGACAGAGUCACGUGUUACACAGUGUGAGAUGAUAAAGCUGACACUUCUCACUGGACAGAGACACGUGUUACACGGAGUGAGAUGAUAAAGGCGACACUUCUCACUGGACAGAGACACGUGUUACACGGAGUGUGAUGAUAAAGGCGACACUUCUCACUGGACAGAGUCACGUGUUACACAGAGUGUGAUGAUAAAGGCGACACUUCUCACUGGACAGAGACACGUGUUACACAGAGUGUAAUGAUAAAGCUGACACUUCUCACUGGACAGAGUCACGUGUUACACAGUGUGAGAUGAUAAAGCUGACACUUCUCACUGGACAGAGACACGUGUUACACAGAGUGUGAUGAUAAAGCUGACACUUCUCACUGGACAGAGUCACGUGUUACACAGUGUGAGAUGAUAAAGCUGACACUUCUCACUGGACAGAGACACGUGUUACACAGAGUGUGAUGAUAAAGGCGACACUUCUCACUGGACAGAGACACGAGUUACACAGAGUGUGAUGAUAAAGCUGACACUUCUCACUGGACAGAGACACGUGUUACACAGAGUGUGAUGAUAAAGGCGACACUUCUCACCCCGUGUCCAGUGGACUGUGGACAUCUGAACUCACGCCUGGGGCUUCAGUGAUGUCAUGAUGAUGAAAUAUCUAUAAACACGCCCUACACCUUCAUCAUGUAGCUCAGCGCUGUGGUCAUUAAAGCGGCCAUCUGGGACAACCAGAAUCAGGUUUCCACUCUCAGUCCAGUGUCUGGUCACGCCACCCACUCAGGCUCCGCCCCCUCAGAACUCACAGAAAGCAGGAAGAGAUGCAGAUGAUGAUGAAGUUCACUUACACUAAUAAAGCAGCACACUGAUCCACUGUAUUAAUGAAGAACACAAGAGCAGAAGUGAUUAUAUUGUCCUUUCACUCAUUCUUUUUUUUUUCUUUUUUUAACCAAACUGUUCCUUGGACUUUGUACUGUAUUUAUGAGAAAAGAACGAGAUGUUUUGGGAAUUUGUUUCAUUUUGAAAAGAUUUAUUUAUCCAGCAAAUAAUUUAAUAAAAUGUCUGACUGAUUCUGCUGAAAGAAUAUGAAAAUGUAAUAAAUAAAUAUUUUGUGAGAAAGACAAUGGCAGUGUGAGUUAUUACUGUUAUAUGUGAGAUUAAUAUUACGAGGGUGUGUGUGUG